AUGUUGAUGCUUCUUUUUCGCAACAAAUGGGCGAUAGCCACGGUGUCUCUUGGCAAGCAUCCAUCGCAUACACUUGAGCGAAAGAUAGAAGCCGCUGCCAGCUACGGAUUCUCAGGCAUAGGGCUCGUGCAUGCCGACCUCCUCCACCAUGCCACGUCAAAUGGUCUUUCUCCUCUGGAAUCUGCAGAACAGAUCAAGAAUCUCUGCACAUCGCGGAACCUUGAGAUUCUCAGCCUGAAUCCUCUGAAGAAUUUCGAAGGAAACCUCAGUACACCGUUGGAAGAACGACUACACGUUGCCAGCGACUGGAUCAACCUUGCUGUCGCAGCCGGUGCAAAGUUCGUCCAAGUGCCAUCGCAGUUUCUCCAGCAUUCGACAAACGAUGACGAUGUGAUCAUACCAGAGUUGCAAGCUUUGGCUGACCUUGCAGCCCAGAGUCGCGUCAGCAUCGCCUACGAACCAGUCGCCUUCGCCGCCUUUCACGACACAUGGAAAGAUGGUCUCCGUGUUGUCAAAAGUGUUGGCAGACCCAACUUCAAACUCUGCCUCGACUCUUUCCACAUCCAAAGUCGUCUGUGGGGCGACCCCUAUGCUCAUAGUGGUCAACUUCCAAACGGCGAGACAGAAAUCGCCGAGUCAAUGGCGCAAUUCCUCAAACAAGCUCCCAAGGAUCAUUUACGCUGUUUGCAACUGUCGGAUGGCUCUCGGUUCGACCCUCCUUUAACAGACGAUUUGUUGCGAUACCCUCAAUCUGAGCCGCAGCCUCACCGCCUGUCACGUGACGUGCGGUAUUACUUACUCCUACAAUACACCUUUAUUCCUGAUGACCUGCGCGCCCGUAACUCGCAAGAGUUAUGA